AUGUUUGCUGUUGCACGCGUCGCCGCAGAGCCGCUGCAGAAGGUCCUCCCGCUGUUGUUGUGUAAGUGCCGCAGUGCUGGAGGAAACCCUCGCGCCUUUUAUGGUUCGGGGAUACCGCCGAGCGUCGACACCGGAAACGGGACAUGUUUGGGCAGCUACGACACGCUCGCGGAGGGGGGAAUCCCUGGCUCCGGAGCAGCCAAUCAUGGCGCGAGGAUGGAGCUGAGGAGACGGAGGAUAUAA